AUGGAGAAUGUUGUCAUUGCCAAGAAUUCAUCUCCUUUGGAUGACCAUAUCACUUCUGCUCCUCCUUCCUCUCUUCUUCCUCUGCUUCCGCAUAAAAGGGCAGCUAGAGGAUGGAGAUCUGUAAAAUACAGUCUUGUGUAUCUACAAAUAAGAUUCAACAUGGAUGGUAUUCAAUUGGUUAAUGUGUUCAAUAUUUGGUCUGGUUCCACCAAUGUUACACCCUUGUUUGGUGCUUUCUUAUCUGACGCAUAUCUGGGAAGGUUCCGCACUCUUCUUUUAGGCUCCAUGUCCUCUUUCCUGGGCAUGGCGAUCCUGGCCCUAAUUGCAAGCAUACCAAAGUUAAGACCCCUCGACUAUCCUGGAGAAUCCAAUUGCCAAAAGCCUCAAGAUUGGCAGCUUGCAGUCCUCUAUUUUGGUCUGGGAUUGCUUGCCAUGGGAGCUGGAGGUGUUAGGCCUUGCAACAUUGCCUUUGGAGCUGAUCAGUUCGACACCAGAACUGAAAAGGGACGAGCCCAGCUAGAGAGUUUAUUCAACUGGUGGUAUUUCUCUUUCAUAGUGGCUCUCGUGGUGGCUCUCACUGCAGUGGUCUAUGUUCAGACCAAUGUUAGCUGGGUUAUAAGUUAUGCUAUCCCAGCUAUCUGCCGGUUCUGCUCUAUUAUCGUUUUCUUGAUUGGCAAACACACCUAUAUAAUCACAAAGCCCCAAGGAACUAUUUUCGACGAUAUGGCCAAAGUGAUUGUAGCUGCCCAUCAGCAUGUAGUAAAGCUUACUCGCACAGAUAUGCUCAAGUUCUUGGACAAGGUUGCUCUAAUUGCUGAUCCAAGUGAAUUGGAUGACAACGGCUUGCCCAAGAGAAUCGGUUGCUUCAUUACUAUGGACCAAAUGAAUACUUUUGGCUUGAUGCAAGCAAUUCAGUCGAACAACGAAGUCCACAAGUUUAAAAUCCCACCAGGUUGGAUGGGCCUUAUGUCGAUGAUUUGCCUUUCAGUAUGGAUAUUCGUUUACGAGCAAAUUUACCUGCCUCGAGUAAAGAAAAGGUCAAAAAAGAAUAUUAGAUUGACAAUGAGACAGAGAAUCAACGUUGGUAUUGUAAUGGCAAUCCUGUGCAUGGUGGUGGCUGUAAUUGUUGAGAAGAAUCGCCGGGAAGCAUUUGCCCUUUCGGGUCUUAACGAAGCAUUUGCUGCUGUUGCUUUUAUGGAAGAUUAUAACAACCAUUUGCCAGAAACCAUGAGGACUCUUGCUGGGGCCAUCUUCUUUCUCAGCUUCUCUGCAUCCAGCCACUUCAACACGGCCAUUGUCAAUCUAGUUCACCAUGUGACUUCAAACCAUGGGACAAAACCCCCCUAG